AUGCUUAUUAAAGUAAAGACUAAUUUAAAAAAAGAAAUCGAGAUCGACAUUGAGCCCACAGACAAGGUGGAGCGGAUCAAAGAACGAGUAGAAGAGAAGGAAGGGAUUCCUCCACAGCAACAGAGACUCAUUUACAGUGGGAAACAGAUGAAUGAUGAGAAGACGGCAGCAGACUACAAGAUCCAGGGAGGCUCCGUGCUCCACCUUGUGUUGGCACUAAGAGGAGGAUCGUCAGAUUGCACACGUCUUCCAUCCUCGUCUUGAGUUGCCAAGAACAUAUCCAGCCCAAUACCAAGAGUCGAAAGUGUUGAUCAACAUCUAACCACAAUAAAAUACAGAUAUGACACCCUGCACUCCCCCCAUAGACACCAACGACGCAAACAAACAGAAGAAGAAGAACCCAGAAGAAAGAAAGACUGAGUCGGAUUCUGUUGUCUUUAUUUUUAGUAAACUAAUGUUGUCUUUCUGAGUUUGGUUAGGUGAUGCAGACACACACACACGGUAGAAGAGUGUGUGUGAAGGCCCCGUGUUGUUUUUGCUUGUGAAUAAAUGGUGAAGGUGA